AUGGAUGACGACUUAUUAUUCUCUUCCAAACUCGACCGCAUUCUACGCCUAAACUACCGCUUAACUAGGCUCAUCAACAAUCUAGCUCAGAAAACAGGAGACAUCACCCAGCCACUCAAGAACCUCCUCACGCAACUUUAUGAGAGCUUCUCUAGACUUUCCGACGUCCUCAGCAGUAACUUGAACGAUGGCCGGCUGACCGAUGGACAGCUGACCGAUGAGGAAGUCUUCGGUGCCUGGCGUUCCUUCUUCCAACCUAUCCAGGCACUGCGGCAACUUCCCUGUGGAAAGUUCGUGGCAGCGAGACUGCUCCUCUUCACUGGAUGGAAGUUUACUCGGGCACCUGGGUUGAAACUGAAGUACAAGGGGGAAGCCUUGGUCGAAGAGACAAAACCCUUGCACGAAUUCAUCGCCGAUCUCGAUGAUGCACUCCUUGAGCCGUUAAAGAAGAUGUGGGAGCUCAGUCAAUCUCGCGAGCGAUUCGACUGGGUAUACACGGAUUUUAAUAUCACCCACUAUGGUGAGAUGAGCGAAGGCGAAGCGCUUGCACUUUCUCCACAAGAGCUCAAAGAUCUCGAUGGUAUCCGAGGUAUGAAAUAUUAUUACCGCGAUCCAAGCGAGUCUAAGCGAUACACUCUUCACAAAGGACCGAUCCCCCGGUGGGACUGUGGUGAGCAAGACUGGGAUGAUUUCGAAUGGAAGGAAAAGGGUUCUGAUGGUCCUCUAAAUGACUUGUUGGAGUAUAACUACCGGGACGAUGAUGCACCUGAUGUGAACUUCGCCAAUAACUUUCAUAUCUUUCGCCGAUCGCAUCAAUUCUGCCUGGAUGCCAGGCAAAAGUCUGAAGCCCACAUCGGGCGGCAGCAGCAUCAAACAUUUGACGACGUCGCGCGUCACCUUGAUCUCCCUCCGGAAAUGCGCAACAAAAUCCUAAGCUACGUCGAAUACCGCGAUCCAUUUCCAUACCUGGAGAAGCUUGAUCUCGCAGAGGCAUAUGUUCCCUUCCCUAAAGUCGGCGAGCACUGCACCCGUUGCGACACCAUCGAAGGAGAAUCGACCGCCCAACGAACUUGUCCUCAGAAAGCCAUACACGUAUGGAACCUGGCCUUGCGGCGGUUCCACACAUUCCAUAGGAACAGCUGCAAACAAUGGUCUCUUUGCACCCAACACGACUGCGCCGGACACCACGAUGACGAAGAAGACUGGGAAGUCACAGGAGAGCCUGAGUUUACCAGAUAUCUCGAGUCCCUAGCUGCACGAGGCAACGAUGAGUUUGCAUCUCUUGAUCAAGUUGGCCUCGGGCCUAUGCACCCCAUCCGACUAGAGGUAGAAGCCGACACCGCAAGGGAAUAUUCGCUUUUCGGAGGCAACGGUAUCUACGGCAACUCAAGCGAUGAUGCAAGGAUGAUCGGAGGUCUCGGGGGAUUGAAGGACGCCAUGAUCCACGGACGUACCCUAAUCGCUGCAUGGGAGGGAUAUGACGAUGAUUCCAUUUUCUAUGUCGGUGCUCAAGCAUGGGAACCGUUUUGGCAGCACGGUCGCAAUUUGUACGAUGAAAAGGUCGCCACAGUAGUUAUCAAAAGGCUACACUCGGAGGAUGAAUGUGAGUCGUGUGUAGAGGCAGAGGAAGAAUUCAAUGAGUUCCCAUUGAUUUCUAUUUGA